GCUUGUUAUCGGAAUUAAUAAUAAUACAGAAAUAAAGAGGAAGAUGAGGAAAGAGGAAGACGGGGAAUUGAGGUGUUGCCCGUGACGGAGCAGGUGGAGCCGCCGCCUGUUAUCGGAUGGAGGCAGUGUCGCUUAACACUGAGCCAAUUUUUGGGGAAGGUGACGAAUAUGGAGAUGAAGGAAACUAUUCGAUGUUGGAAUACAGCAACGAAGCUCUAGGAGUGCAAUUAAAAAGGGAAUCUUGGCCGCCUAUUGAGGGUUUGGAGUUUGAGUCUUUCGAUGAAGCUUAUGACUUCUAUAAUGUCUAUGCUAAGGGACAAGGAUUUGGGAUCCGAGUCAGCAAUUCAUGGUUUCGUUCUAAAAGAAGGGAGAGAUAUAGAGCAAAACUCAGCUGUAGCAGUGCCGGUUUCAAGAAAAAAAGUGAAGCAAACAAUCCAAGGCCAGAAACAAGAACGGGGUGCCCUGCAAUGGUAAUCGUCAAGCUUGUGGAUGCGCAUAGAUGGCGAAUAGUCGAGGUUGAGCUUGAUCACAACCACCCAGUGAGUCCAGAAACCAAACGUUUCUACAAGUCACAUAAAAAGAUGUGUCUUGCUGCCAAGGAAGUACAAAAAACUGCACCUGUAAAAGAAAUACACACAAUUAAGUUAUACCGUACAGAUGUUGUGGAUUCUCUAUGCAACGGACACUCGAAGACGGAUGAGAGAGAUAAUGGGAAUUCGAUGGAUCACUCGAAGCAUCUAGACCUCAAAGAGGGUGAUGCUCAUGCAGUAUAUAAUUACUUCUGUCGUAUGAAGCUGACAAAUCCAAAUUUCUUUUAUUUGAUGGAUCUUGAUGAUGAGGGGCGCUUGAAUAAUGUCUUCUGGGCUGAUGCUAGGUCUAGGAUUGCUCACAAUUACUUUUCCGACACAAUCACAAUCGAUACAACAAGCUUGACAAACAAGUACGAGAUACCAUUGGUUUCGUUUGUUGGAAUAAACCACCAUGGACAAUCUGUCUUGUUGGGAUGUGGCUUCCUUGGACAUGAAUCAGUGGAAUAUUUUGUUUGGAUGUGUAGGGCAUGGCUUACAUGUAUGCUCGGACGACAUCCACAAGUUAUCGUCACGGAUCAGUCCAAACUCUUGCAUAUGGCAAUUUUGGAGGUUUUUCCGCAGGCUCGUCAUUGUUAUUGUUUGUCAUACAUCAUGCACCGUGUGCCUGAGAAAUUGGGUGGAUUGAGUGGGUUUGAAGCAAUAAAGAGGCAACUGAGUAAAGCAGUGUAUGAUUCGUUGAAGAUAUCGGAGUUUGAAACUUUGUGGGGUGAGAUGAUAAAUCAGCACAGCCUUGGUAACAAUAAAUGGCUUCAGUUAUUGUAUGAAGAUCGACAAAUGUGGGCCCCAGUCUACUUAAAAGACACCUUCUUUGUGGGGAUGCUGACAAUUAGUGAGAGUAGUGAGGGGGGCUCUAGUGCAUUUUUUGAUGGGUAUAUACAUAAGCACACAUCCUUUAAAGAAUUCCUUGACAAGUAUGAUCUGGCACUACAGAGAAAGCAUCUGAAAGAAGCCAUUGAAGAUUUCGAGUCCAGGAAUUCGAGGUUUGAGUUGAAAACGAAAUCUAAUUACGAGUUCCAGCUCUCGAAGGUGUACACGAAGGAAAUGUUCAAGAAAUGUCAGAUUGAAGUGGAGGGGAUGUAUUCUUGCUUCAAUACAAAGCAAGUGGCUGCAGAAGACGAAAUUAUGACAUUUGUUGUGAAAGAAGGAAUAGAAGUUGAAGGAAAGGAGAAGGAGACGAGACAGUAUGAAGUUGUGUACGAGACAAGUCAAACCGAAGUACGCUGCAUUUGUAGUUUGUUCAGUGCGAAAGGUUAUCUGUGCAGGCAUGCAUUAAAUGUGCUUAAUUAUAACGGGGUAGAAGAAAUACCGUCGCAGUACAUUUUACCGCGUUGGAAUAAAGAAUAUAAGCGUAAAUUCGCCUUAGAUGUUGGAUUUAGUGAUUAAGAACACUAUGAAGCUGUAAUGCAAGAGCUUGACACUUUGUUGACUAAAUUCAGUGUACUAGAUAGAAAAUUAACAUGACAAAAUUAUGUAGAUAUAUAAAUGUAUUGGAUAGAGCAUUAUUCAGUAAUUGUAUGGUCUAAUUCUAAUAUAAGCUUCAAAAGUGAAACAUCUGAAAUAUUGAAGGAUGGUGGUGUUUGCAAUGUGAUGUAAAUCAUAAAACUAAGCUUGAUUGAUUUAUGUGAAUUUUGAUGAUCCAAUUCCAGUUGAGAUGUUUUUUGUUUAA